UACUAGGCGAGCACCUUUUGGUUCCGUCCCUUUCCUCUCCUCUCUGCUCGUCUCUCCCUCGGUCCCUGCCUCUACACCGCCGCCUCGCCGCUCUCCCAGACCCGACCGACCGCGCCCGCCUCCCGUCUCCAUGGGCCUCCUCUCCAACAGGAUUGGGAAGGAGAGCCUGAGGGCGGGGGAUCACAUCUACUCGUGGAGGGCCGCGUGGGUCUACGCGCAUCAUGGAAUAUAUGUGGGUGAAGAUAAGGUGAUCCACUUUACUAGAGGGAGGGGCCAGGAGGUCGGAACAGGAACUUUCAUUGAUCUUCUUCUCGUGAGCUCUGGACCUGAUAGAAGCAACACGCCAUGUUCAAUAUGCACCAGCGAAAUUACUACGACCAUCGCCGCGGAGACAAACGGCGUGGUAUCCUCUUGCCUCAAGUGCUUCCUGGCUGGGGGUGCCCUCUACCGUUUCGAAUACGCAGUCAACCCAGCGCUUUUCCUUGCCAAAGCGCGAGGAGGGACGUGCACACUUGCAACCUCUGAUCCUGAUGAGACGGUCGUCCGCCGUGCCAAAUACCUGCUGAGCAACGGUUUCAGGUGCUACAACCUGUUCAAGAGCAACUGCGAGGAUUUCGCAAUAUACUGCAAAACUGGCCUCCUCGUGGCGGGGCGAGGUGUUGUCGGGCAGAGUGGGCAGGCCAUCUCCAUCAUCGGUGGACCUCUUGCUGCGGCGAUUUCGACCCCGGUCCGCCUAGUCACCACAAAUAUCUAUGGAAUGGCAGUGAUGGCUGUCGGGGUGUACUGCGCCAGCAGGUAUGCAGCUGACAUUGGCAACCGCCGUGAUGUGGUGAAAGUGGAAGUUGAGGACCUGACGGCUGGACUUGCAAGCGGCAGGAUCCGUGCAGUGGAGAACAUCACUCAGCUGGUGGCUCCGGCACAAAGCCCCGCCGCGACCACAGUCGCUGCUUAAAAGAAGCAUUGUUGUUGUAAGCUCUGGAGAGAUAUACAUCAGUCCAGACCUACUUUACUACUGCUAAAUGUAUGAAUUGUUGGUUCAUUGUGUUCAAAACCUGCUAAAACUCUGUUGAAGUGUGCUUUCCAUUCGGCAAUAUCUGUAUGAGUGUAUGCCAUGUAUGGCUUGUCCAGUGGCGUAUCAAGAUAAAAAAGGCUGCUAUGUGUCUUGUUCGUAAUUUCCAAUUUGACUUAUAAAGAAAAUCUGUGUUUAUAUGACA